UCACACUGGUGGAAGGCGCAGCGGUAAUAAACGAGAAAAAGCCAAAUUUAAAUGCCAUUUUUUCGUAUUAAAUUGCAAUAGAAAUGCACUUCAGGUUGUGCACUGUAUUGCCCACCGAUAUCAGAAGUUCGCGAACGUCUUGAAGUCGCACCGAGAAAGGAAAACACGCUGAAAUGUAGAUGCCCACAAGCAGCCGCCGCAGCAGCAAUAACAAAAGCAAAAGUGAAAUUAGCGCCGCCAAAGAAGUGCAAGUGCUCAAAAGUGAGGCGGCGCCAUGGAGAACCUCAAGAUAAGCGACAAACUGUUCGAGGAUGUGAUCUACUUUGUAAUGGGAAACCUGGACGAAGAGAUCGAACGUUUUCUCAAGAGCGGUGGCGCCCAAUCUAAGAUCUUUCUGUCGGACCAGAUCACGCAUAUGAUAUGCGCCACCAACUACAAUGAGGAGGAGCUGUCCCUGAACCUGGACCUUUACAGUGCAAUUCCCGUGACCGAACAAUGGAUCGUGCACAGCGCAAAACUGGGCCGAAUGGCCUCCACACGGGCCUUCGACCCAAGUCCCAAUCAGAUGCGACUCAUGCGCGGCAUUAGGGCGGCCAUUACCAAUGUGGUGGCCGGAGAUCGGAGGCGCCUCUACGCCAUGCUGACUUACCAUGGUGCCGUCGUUACGCAUAGUUUUGGGGCCACUAACACGCAUCUGGUAUGCGGAGCGGCCAAUGGUGGCAUCUACAACAAGGCGCUGGCGCUGCCCAAAAAUGCCAUUAUCAUUGUGACUCCCGACUGGGUGACGGACAGCCUUAAGUACAAAAACUGCAUGCCUGUAGAGACGUAUCAUCCCAGGCUACUGAAGCCCACUGAAAAGCAGCGAACGCAGAAGCAGACGGCCACUCAGCAACAACAAAUCCAGCAGCAACAAUUGCAACAUCAGCAGCAGCUGCAACAACAACAGCUUCAACAGCAACAACAACAGCAGCAACAGCAGAUUAUGCAGCAGCAGACAUCUACUACAUCCACACUGUCGGACAUCCUGGGCUUUGGUGAGGACAGUGCGGCGGCCAAAAGCAUAGCUAGCAUUAAGUCCCAGCUGCAAGCUUCCGCGGAACAAAUCCAGCAGCAACAAUUGCCCGUGCCCGCUCAGCAACAGGUGGUCUUUGUGCGACCUCAGCCGCAAGCCCAGCAGCCACCGCAACAAGCGCCGCACCAGUUGCAGCAAGGCGGGCCUCAGGUACCGGCUCCACCUCCACACCCGCAGCAUCAACAGCAAUUAAUUAUUCAGCAGCAGAAGAUUAUUCCCGGAAAUCUACAGCAGCAACAACCGAAUCAGCAACAGAUCAAAACAAUACUACAGCAGCAGAGGCAGAUAAAAAACACACAGCAACAGCAACAAAUUCAAAUGAUUCAGCAGCAACAACAAUUGAUGCAACAGGAUCCCCAGGUACACCCACAGCAGCUUCCACAGACGCAGCCGCAACCUCAACCGCAUCCCCAACCACUUCCACAGCAGCACCCACAACAACAGUCGCCUAGGCUGCCAACAACUCCAACAGGUCGCCAGACACCACGAACACCAUCGACAACACCGCAGCCCGUCCAAUCCCCUCAGCAUCACCAACAAAUAGUCCAGCAACAACAAGUGGUGCAGCAACAAGUGAGUCAACAACAAACUAUUGUGCAACAGCCGCAAAUAGUUCAGCAAAUAGUGCAACAACAAGUUCAGCAGCAACAAGUUCAGCAGCAACAACCACAACAACAAUCUGUUCCCGUUUCUCCGCAAGUCAUACACCAACACCUUAUGCGGCAACAACAAAUUUUGAACCAGAAUCAAAUGCAAUUGCAGCAAAUCGUUCAGAGCGGACAAGCUUUAACCCCACAACAGCAGCAACAACAGAGACAAAUUCAGCAGCAAUUACAACAAGUUUUGCAGCAGCAACAACAAUUGCAGAUGCAAAUGCAGCAGCAGCAACAACAGCAGCAAAAUCUGCAACAACAGUCGCCGCGGAUGGUGCAAAACCGUUCGCCGGUGAUGCCGCCAAGUACGCCGUCACCAUCUUUGCAACAGCAACAACACCAUGCCACCAGCAACAUGUUGCCACCACAGUCACCACGACAACUACAAUCGCCGGCUCCACAGAUGACACCACCACCCCCGCCCUCGCCGCAAAGCGCCCAGCAGCAGCAUAUGCGCCAGCAGCAACAACAACAAAUGCAGCAGAGUCGCCAACAGCACAUGAUGGGCUCUCCGCAGCAGCCACAACCGCCUUCUUUAAUGUCUCCGCAGCAACAGCAACAAAUGCAACCCUUCCAACAGCCCGUACAUCAGCAACAGCGCAUGCAAAUGCAGCAGCAGCAACAAUUGGCCCAGCAACAACAGCAGCAGCAGCAGAGUCCCCAGCAUAUUUCUCCCCAGUCACCCCAGAUUUCACAAACCCCACCAAUGCAAGCCAAACUCCAUCAGCACCAGGCUGUUCCAGGACAUACCGCCCAGCCGCAACAAUCAUUCUCUCAACAAAAGCCCAUUGAUCCCACGGAUCCUGUUCAGGUGGCUCAGGUUUUGAGUCGCUCAGCAUUGAGUAGCAAUCAAGACUCGUUGAUAAUGAGGCAACAACAACUGAAGCAGCAGCAGUUGCAACAACAGCAGCAACAAAUGGCACCACAACCACAGCAGCAACAAAUACCACAGCAACCCCAGCAGCAACAACCACAACAGCAACACACCCCGUCACCGCGACAAUCUCCGCUGCAGCAACAACCCACCACGCCUACCCUACAACAGCAGACACAACCACAAAAUCCUCAACAAAUUCAACAACAGCAGCAACAACAACAGCAACAACAACAACAGCAACAACAACAGCAGCAGCAACAACAGCAGCAGCAACAACAGCAGCAGCAGCAACAACAGCAGCAACAACAACAGCAGCAACAACAGCAGCAACAGCAACAACAACAGCAGCAGCAGCAACAACAACAACAGCAAGUCUUGGCUCAGCAACAACCUCAACCUGGACAACAAGUCAUAACCCAACGACACGUCAUAAACACAUCCACAGCCCAAGGUCAACAAAUUAUUCAGAGUCAUAUGUCUUUGGCCUUGCAAAAACAGCAGCAAAUGUUGCACGUCCAACAACAAACGCAGCAGCAGCCGCAACAGCAACAACAGCUUCCUCAGGUACAGCAACAGCUUUCCCAGGCAUCGCAGCAACAACAACAGCUGCCACAGCAGCACCCACAACAACAACAACAAGUUCAAUUUACACAACAACAACAAAUCGCGCUUGGCGGUGGCGGUCAAGUGCGAAUAAUUCAACAAACGAUUCAGAGACCACCAACCAAUGUGCAGCAACAGCAACAGGUUUCACAACAGCAACAGAUUAUUGGUCAAUUUUCACAGCAACAGCAACUGCAACAACAACAGCCUCAGCAGCAGCAAAUUCUUGGAGUUCAGCAGUCACAGCAGCAUCCACAACAAAAAACGUUUAUUAUUAGUCAGCAGCACUUUAAUCAGCUUAGCGCGCAUCAGCAACAACAAAUUCUCGCGCAAAAUCCGCAAAGCCAAAACGUUUACGUAGUCAAUCAGACGCAACAGCAACUUGUGCAACAACAACAAAUGUUGCAGCAGCAGCAGAUUAUACCGCAGCAGCAACAACAGCAACGUAUGCAAAUGCAACAGCAGCCGCAACAGAUUGUUGUUAACCAGCAGAUACUUAGCGAUCCGCAGCGCUUGCAGUACCUACAACAACAGCAGUUGAUGCAAAAGCAACAACAGCAACAACAGCAGCAACAGCUUGUGGGACCACCGCAACAACAGCAGCAAAUACUUAUUCAACAACAGCAACCCUCCCAACAGCAGCAGAUAUUGCAGCAAAAGCUUCCCAACGAUCCCCAGCAGCAACAGCAGCAAAUAAUGCAGCUCAUCACGCAGCAACAACUGCCACAACGCACGCCUCCCCCACAACAACAACAGCUCCUACUGCAGCAACAGCAGCAAUCGCCGCAACACCAUCAAAUGCAGCAGCAGCACUGGUCACCUCAGAGCCCUGCUGGCGGUCAGAUGGCGCCCAGCACUCCGGGAACGCCCACUAGUAGUGUGGGAAUGCAAUCACCGUUGCCAGUCGGACCAACAACUCCGCAGCAGCAGCCACAAACACAGCCACAAUUUGUUCCGCGUGGACUGCGCCCACAAACCUCAUGGCCCGGGCAACCACAACAGCAGCAACCGCAACCCCCUCAGCAACAACAGCAGAUCGUGCUACCGCCACCCCAACAACAGCAACAACAACAUCAGCAACAGGCACAGGUGGCGCAACAACAACAGCUGGUACUGCAGCAGCCACAGCAACAGAAAAUAGUGGUAGACGAAAAAACGCACGCGCAUAUUAUGUCCCUCGAUGCUCACAAGCGUGCCGAGUACAUAACCAAGUUGAAUCAGCAGAACAAACCUCGAGUAAUGUUGCGCCAGCAAGUGGCCUACCAGCCCCGACCCGGGGCCCCGGGCAACAUAGUCACCACGCGACCGGCCGGUCCCGUUCCGCCCGGCCACAUUAUUGUUCAACACCAAAUGCCACCGGGAUUGACGCAACAGCAACAGGUACUCUGGCUGCAGCAGCAGCAAGGGAAACGUCAGGUUGUUGUGCGCGCCGGAACUCCUGGCCUGAGUCCGAUUCAGCAGCAACCGGGAGUGGGACCGCCACAGCAGCAACAGUCGCCGCAACAACAACCUUUCAAUCCAAAUGAUCCUAACCAGCAAAUGCUGAUGCAGCGCCAACAGUUGCGCGUCCAGCAGAUUCCCAUCCAGCAACAGGGACCUCAGCAAAUGGGCAAGCAAACGGUGCAGCUCAUCACUGGACCCAACGGACAGCUGAUAGAACAACAAACGAUCGUCCAACAGCCGCAACAGCAGUCCACUCCGGGCACGCCCACCACUCCAGGCGCUGGGGGCGUUUUGCCUGGAAAUGCCAACAUAAUGACGCAAACUUUGGUCAUGACUUCAACAACUCCCGACGGACAGCCGCAGCAAACACCGCAACAGAUGAACCUGAAAACCAAGACGGCCCUGGCCAACAUGUUGAGCAACCGCUUGGGAAAUAAUGGAGCUCAGACGCCGCAGCAGCAACUGAUUCAAUUACCCGAUGGUCAGCAACAGCAGCAGCCACAACAACAACAGAUUGUCCAACAAGUGGUUGUGACCGGAGCCAUUCAGCAGCAGCAACAACAAUUGUUACUGCAGCAACAGCAACAACAACAGAUGGUUGUCCAACAGCAACUGCCACCGCAGCAACAUGUGGAGCCGCCGUCGGCAGCUGGCGCACUCAGAAUGAUGGGCCAGCAACAUAACGCAUCCGCCGGCGUGCCAGGACCUCCGCGAACACAGCAGGAGUUGUUGAUAUUGCAGCAACAGCAGCAGCAACAAAUGCUGCAACAGCAGCAAAUGCGCAGAGUGGUCGCCGUACCACAACAACAGCAGGCACCGCAGCAGCAUCUGGUCCAACAGCAGAUCGUGGUCGCUCCGCCGCAGUCGCCGCAGCAGCAGCAACAGAUGGCUGUGGGUGUGGGGGUGGGAGUGCCAGUGCAGCGGACACCUCACGGCUACAUUCAGGCCCGUCCCGGUCAGCCACCGAUACCGAUGCCACAAUUUUAUGGUCACAAUCCGAACCUCAAACUGCCAGCGGAUCUGUUUCUGGUGGGCUGCACGUUUUAUAUAGUGGAAUACGAUGAAACAGACGGCGAUGAGCUCCCCAUCUGGCUUGAUACGAUCAGACAGUUUGGCGGUGACAUCGAACGCGUCUACUGUCCCCGGGUGACGCACGUCAUCUGCCGUACCCAGCGCCACGGCGUGGUCAUGCAGGCUUUACGGGAUGCCAAGCGAUGCGUGACCGCCUAUUGGCUAAGUGAUAUUUGCCUCAAGCGGCAGCUGAUGCCGCCCUGGCAGCCGCUUCAUCUGCCAUUCCCCAGCCAGUUUGGCUACCGCAAGCCAUUGGAACGCUACAUUGUUACCUCUGAGGGAUUCGAGGGCGAGGAGGUCGUGAGGCUACAGCAGAUGGCCGAGGAAUGCGGAGCCAUCUACACCUCGUAUCUGUCCAAGGUGAACACUGUGGUCGUGUGCAAGCAGCUCGAGGGCAACAAGUUCAACGCGGCCAAGGAGUGGAACAUCCCGAUGGUCAAUGCCCUUUGGCUGAGCGACGUCUGCAUCGGCAACCUGAGUGGCCUCUCCCAGUACGACAAUCCUAAGUACCAGCAGUACAAUCUAGUCGCCCCCUUCCGCAUCGAAUGCAACUUGGUGGCGCAUCUGCUAACUGCAUGGAAAGCGCCCAUUAAUCUCACCCAGGAGGCACACGAGCGAGUCAAGCGUCAUCUCUCCGAUCCGUACGGCAACGAGCACAAACUGAAGCGCCAGAAGAUGAACUCAUUCCAGCAGGAGCAGCUUCCAGAACAAAUUGUCUGCCUUGAAUAUCCCACAACCACUAAGCCGCCGAAGGUUAUUUUCUCCCAGGUUGCCGAUGCGGAGGCACUUAAAAAGGCAGUGUUGAUUUUGGGUGGAAUUGUGGUGGACAGCCCCGCAGAUGCCACUCACCUGGUAAUGACACGCGAGAGUCGUACCUGCAAACUGAUUCAGGCCUGCUGCCACGUGGACUUUGUGCUCAAGUCAAGUUGGAUUGCGGAUAGUGCAAAGGCUGGUAAAUUUGUGCCGACCGACCCGUAUCGCAUCCAGCACAUACCGGUGGACGAGAACUUACAGUUCAACCUGAACACUGUUCUGUGCGCGCCCACUCGUUCCACUCUGUUUUCGGGGAAAUACUUUCACGUUACGCCCGACGUGUUCCCAGCCCGCGAGGAAAUUAUCCGAAUGAUUGAAUCGUCUGGUGGUAAAGUGGAAGCAAAACGCAGGACCGGUAGCGCUGUGGCGGAAACACACAUUCAGGCGCCCGACUCCUAUAUUAUAGUGACCUGUCCCACGGACAUGCAUCUUUGCGCUGAUCUCACGCGGCACGGGAACCCAAAAUGCCACAUUGUGUCCACGGAGUUCGUCAUGAGCUCGAUACUUAGGCAGCAGCUAGAGAUUGAGCCCAACCUGAUACCCUACUUGUAUAACAACAACAAUGUCAAUAGCUGCAACAGUAACAAGUCCUAGCGCCGUGUGCUCUGGUUACUGUAAAGCUGAGAUAAGAUAUUUAAAUCAUUAUAUAUUCACAAAAGAAUUUAUGCGAGCUGUUAUAUAAGUAUGUAAGAAGAGCAUGACAGAGAGCCACUUUAAAGUGUAAUUGGCCGACUUAAGCAAUUAUUUGUAGCCUGCCCCGUUUUCUUAUGAUACACAUCAACACGAAACUAGUCCACAGAAUUCGUCAAUUCAUAUGGGCAUGCAUGUAGGGUCUUGGGCACAUCGUCAUAUCGGUCUGAGUAAUAUUUAAUGAAGCGCUCUAUUUUAAAAUAUAAAAUUUUUAUCAGUUUCUUAGCCUUUGCACUAACUCACUUUCAAUUGUACAUAUUUCUAAUAAUAGAGAAUAAUCUUACUGUUUUCAAUCUGCUAAUAACACAAAAAUAGAUUCUAUAAUUAAAUAGAGGCGAUCCAUAUAUCAAACAUAGCAUAAUGAUUAUUGUUGUGGACCAUAUUAAAUUUUUCUAUACAUAAAGCAAUGUUUGACCGGACCGAUGUCUAUAGAAAUUAUGAUGUAGCUUGUAAUAAAAGAACUACCUUAAUUAGUGAUAGGAUACAAAAUUAAUACAAUCAUUUUAUAUAUAUUUUUGUAGGUUCAGGAACCAUUACCCUUAGGCAGUCACAAAAAAAAAAUAUACACAUACAUAUAUUUCUUAGAGUAUACGAAAUGUUUCAAAGAAAUUUAUAUUGUCGGCUAUUAGAAUUUUAAGAACUUUUCAUAUACAUAGGUAAAGCCAAUAUUUUCCGAAUUAAUAUUAAUUUUAGUUAGGCAUUGUACGAAGUGUAUGAAAUAAAAUAUAACACAAAAAUCAAUAUAAACAUUAGUGUUUGUGUUUAUUACAUCCGACGAUUACUUACAGUUAUCUGUGCAAAUGGCUUCUUUAUUUUUCAGGAAUUAUUCUUUUGCGCUGUAUUUUUUUUUAGCUAAAAGCAGAUUCAACGAUUUGGUUUUCAUAAAAGUGUACUACUUCUAAAGGCCAUAACUUUUAUGACAGGUAUUUGAUUUUGAAAAGGCAUAACUCUAAAAGUUUUGGGUCUAAUUUUCCAAGAAUCUGGGUUUAAAUGUUAAUUUGUAA